CAGGCCUUCUAUUUCAGCACAGUUUAUUUACACGAUGCUCGUCCUUGCGUAAGAACAUCCAUUCUAAAACGGUCCGAAUAUUCGGUACACAUGCUUCUUUUCCCGCAAUGAGUUCGACAGUAUUCAGGAUACACCCUAUACCAACAAUUCUAGCGUUGAUGUGCAUCUGGCCGAUAUUUCCCGCCAAGCACAUUAACCCAGGCUGCGCUUACCGCGAAAUGAACGUUUUUAAGUGCGACGCCGAUGCUUUCCAUAUGAUUGAAGCGCGUAACAUUUCGCGCAUUCCCGCAACAGUGGAGCGAAUCCAUUUUGCUUGCUCCGUUGCCAGUUCUCGCUCGUACUGCUACGGAAUGUCACAAAAUCCUACUGCUCUUCCACGCCGGCACUGGCUGUAUAGCGUUGUCAUGGAAGGAUUCAAGGCCACUGAUGGCGGCCGGAUCCCGAUAAAUAGUUUUUUAAGUACCAAUGCGCACCAUAUUGGCUUUGUGGCGAUUUCCCACAGUCAGAUCGGCUACCUAGAUCGUGAUUUGUUCGCUGGGUUUGCGUCUCUUCAUACUUUAGUUCUGAACUAUAACGACAUUCAUAGUAUCGACAUAAACGCUUUCCAGAGUUUGACAGGCAACUCCGCCCGCAAGCCGGUGUUGGAGCAUUUAAAUCUGUUACACAACCGUCUCGAGGAACUCGACUGGAGCACCCUAUAUCCGUUGAGGGAGUCUGUGGAAAUUCUGUAUCUUGCGGACCAGAAACCGGGACUGCGCUCCAUUUACCGUAGCGGUUCCGCAUUCGCAACUGUUAUUCGAGAUCUCAGUUUAAACAAUAACCGACUACCAUCUAUUCCUGACUUUAUACUGAACAGCAUUGGUCUGCGGAACUCCAAUUAUCGCUCAUUCAAUUUCCGUAAAAACGUCUUCUGUACUAACACAUCCAAACUUAGCUACGAUUGCGGUUGCUGUGAUGUGCAGAAUUUGGUGCAGUGGGCGAAAAUCCAUGCAUCGUCGAGCGACAUUUCGCCGGCAUUAAUCCGGUUGGAUACAAUGUGUGGAUCAACACUGAGGCGGUUCACCAAUGAUGCAAGCGAAAUUGCAUCGCGUUACGCAUAUCCCAUUGCGAUGAUCGAAAACACCUUUGAACACUGUCCUUCCACAGUCUCAGCGCAACCAAGUCAUGAGCCAACUACGGUUGCAGUGCAGACAACUACGACUUCAGCGCAGCCAAUCACAACGGCUUCUGUACUCGUAGCCACAACUCCAAAGAAAAUCCACGCUGCCGCGUCUUCCGAGGUGUUAUGUCCUGACUACAAACCAAUCCAGAUAAACUGUUCGGCAGGGCAGCUAUUUAUUUCUCAACCAGAUCUCACUCAGGCUCAGGGCACUGAAACCGUUUUUCUUAGCGAUGGAACUUUCGGUUGUGUUAGCAAACUUUAUGACUUGCACAGCAUGAUUUUGGAGCUGCUCGAAAUAUCUCCGGAGACAGAUGCGCAGACGAGUGGACAAGGUGUAAUACUUGCGGGAUGUCGGAACCGCCUGACUAGCAUCAACAUACGUGAUCCUGAAAGAUCUGGUGCCAAUAUGCUAAUCUACUACACUGAUUUGCAUCCGGAAUGCUUCGGAAAAUUUACACAGUUUCUUCGCUGUGUAAGUGACAAUUUCCUGAGUGAGGGGGAAGGAAAUGUACAAGCGCCUCGAUUAGAAUUCGGUUUCUCCUUGUUGACCUUCAAGUCUUGUACUUCAAGGAAGAUUCCCAGUGAUGAUCUAACGGCAAACUGCACAGACGGCAACUUCGCAUUCUCCAAAACCAAUGACUCCGCUUUGGCAAGCUUUGGUGUUCGUAUUCGCAGUGACGAACACCUUGAUUGCAGGACAAAACUGGCCUUGAUACAUGAAUUUAUUUUAAACGAACCAGUCGCUACUGUUGAAGUGCCCGAUAUGCCGUCACCCUCGUCAGUCGUUGCCGUCUGUCAGAAAAGUCAAGUGUUUGUAUCCGACGGUCAACCAAGGCGAUCGCGAAAAUUAAAUUUGGAGUACUAUGCAGCACCCAGCAAGUUUUGCCGGCAACUUUUCUCGCGGUUUCUGUCACAUCUUUUUAUGGUCUGAAUUUUAUAUAGCCUUUAUGUCAGUUGGGUUGUACUCGUAAUAAAAGUGAUGUCCGUUCUUGGGGCUAUG